AGGACAACACUUGCACUGCGUAAAUACCACUUCUACCCUUUAGACUGAUCUCGUUUUUACUUGCGCAGUAGAUUCAUCUAUUUGAAUUUUGCUGUAUUAUUCUUCCCCAAGAUCUUGAUCUGCCCUCAUUCUGGUAAACCAUUUUCUGCCGGGCUAGUCGGCAAGUACCCCCUUUUACCAGUAUGUAAUUGAUCGCACUCGCCCAUGCGGCGGGUCAGUUGUGAAAUAGUACCACGUCGCGCUGUCCUGUGCCAUCCCUGGUUUCGACGAUUUAGAAGUUUCUAGGUGCCGAUCCACGCACCAUGCGGGCGACGGAAAAGUACCUCGACGGGGUCUUAAACCUGCAGCGUCCGCACCUCGACAAGCAGCAGUUCCACUCACCCGAGGAGGAAGACCGGGUGAAGCAGCAAAGCGCCGAAGUCGCGGUGUUUGUCGCGGGCUACUUGCAGUUCUUGGACGACUACGCGGACGUGUCACAGCCGGACUUUCUCGUGGGUGAUGAAAAUAAUGGCACCACUUCAACUCGCCGGACCACGGUUCUUCUGCACCCACGGGCGAGCGUCGCACUGGAUGCGGUCGCGAAAGCAAAGAGCAGCUCCGCGCGGCAGUCCGUGGUACAGAACUUGUCGCGGGAAACGAUUGCAGCGUUGUCGUCCGUACAGCAGUUACGGGACCCGGAGGUGCAGCCAUUAGUCGCCAGCUAUCUCGAGCACUUGCAAAAGGCGCAUAGCGAUCUAGUGUUCGAAAACGAAGAUCUGCUGCGGCGGCUGCACCGGCGCGGUGACAGCUAUCGGUUUUGUCCGUCCGCGCUGGCCAAUCGCGUCGGACUUUUGAAGUACGACGAGGACACGCACGCCAGUGACGACGAGGGGGCUAAGGCAAUGCAGUUGGAGAAGCACGACAAAAUGCAUUUGCUGAAAAGCAGAAAAACGCAUGUGGAGACGCGGAAGCGCCAUAGACAAUCCAGCAACUUGGAGGAGGACCCGGAGGUCAUAGCGGCGAAACCACCGCUGAAAAUACCAAAACGGGAGGAGCUGUGGGGAAAACUGCGUCACAGCGUGCGGGGGACGAAGCGGGGGCCCUACUUCACCAAACUGCCCCCGCCGCCGUCAAAACAGGGCAGCAAAGCGUCCAUCGCGAGUAUCGCCAGUCUUGCUGCGUCCCCGGUGAGCAGCAAGGCGACGACGAUCGCAGGUGGCGACGCGGGUCCGCAGAAGCACGCGGCGCACGACGUAAAAGCCUUGCUGGACCGGCACCAGGACUUGUAUGCUUUGCGGGAAAGGGUUGGGAUCCAGGGGGUUAGCAAAAUGCUGGCGCAGGUGCAAAAUAACUUGAAGCAAGGAUUUUACAGUCGGCAAAUGACGUUGGUCAACUUUGCGCCGGAAGAAGUGCAAGAGAAAGUGAAAACCGCACUGCAGGUGUUAGCGCACGGCCUGGAGAAGUCGGACAGCGCAGCCAGCAUAUCCGUUUUGGCGGAAGAAGAAAUAACUCCGCCGACUGGGGAGCCAAAAGCGCCGGAAGUUAAAGUGGAGGCUGCUACGGUUUCUCCGCCAGCAGUUGCAGCUACAGUUUCCGCGCCGCCGCGACCGGUCGCCGUCCCUGUAGUGCAACCGCAGGUCGUUUCUACCACGCUGCCGAAACAAGAGAGCAGGACCAGCACACCGCGGGACGAGCUGUCAAUGACACAGGCUGCGCCACUUGUGCAGCCAAUAGUAGACGCACUACAGAAAGAAGAAUCUAACACACGACCACAGGUUCAAUCAGACACGGAGGAAAUACAGCAAGACGAGCUGCAACAACCACCUGCAGCUGUAGUCACCGUAGCGGCACCGGAUCAGGUUGUGCAACACGGCUUUCCCGUACAGGAACCGAAAAAAGAGGAACCUCCGAAAAUCAAAACUCCUGCACUGUCGCAUACGGAGGAUGUACCUCCGAAGAAAACAGAAACAACCCCUCAACCAGCCGCUGCAGCGCCAAUCGCGGCUAAGAUCGUAGAGAAAGAGAAGGCUCCAGCUGUGCAAGCACCACCUCUACUUGCCGUAGACAAUUCUCAGAAUGAGCAGAAGGCUUCCACUUCAGCUGCAACGCUUCAAGGACCUGCGGCGUCAGUUCAGCCUCUAAAAGCAGCCGCCGUAGUGCCGUCCAGCCAGGACGCGACCGCGGGUAAGGAGCCUGAGAGGCCUACCGAGACUCUUGUUUCAGAUGUGGAGAUGCCAGACGCAAAUCCAGGCGUCGUGCCACCUGUCGUGCCGAAGGAAACCGAUGAAGCGCCAGCACCGGCACCAGCACCUGCGGCGAUAACUUCCAAACCGGCCGCAGCGAUUUUACCGGCUAAGACGGAAGAGCCAAAAACAUCAUCAUCCGCUACAGAAGCCACGAAGCUGCCAGUUGCGACUUUCGACAUGUCCACACCCCGCGGCCCCGGGGAGGGCAAUAAGGUCAUAGCCAUGAGCAUUAGCACCCCGCGGGUGGUGGAGACGCACGAUAUCGCCACGCCGCUGGGACCGACGGACGGGAACGUGGUCGAGAUGAACAUAGCGACGCCGAUCAGCGUGCUGUCCAAAGACGUCAGCUCCUCGGCGGCGGUGAAUGAGAAGGACGAGGGAAUCAAGAUUGAAGUGAUCGAACAACCCCAAAUCAAGGUCGAGAACGCACCGGUGAUCGUCAUGACCAUGAACGGCCGGACACUCAGUGGCGAGUCUGCCAUGGAGAAGCGCACGCCCGUUGCUGCGGAGGCGGUAGAAGGAGUACCGAGCAAACUUUCUGUCGACGUCGUCCCGAGCAAAGCGAGUAUGCCGAGCAAGGCGACCACGGAACAAGCUCAGAACGCGUCGACCAAAGCAGAGGAUCUGGAUGAGGAUGUGUUCAUGAUGCCCGUUUCGCAAAUUGGCGUUGACCCAACGCCGGUGGUCGCGACGCCGAUUGAGCAAGAGCCCGUGCCCAUGGAGCUCACCUCGGUGCUGGAAGUGGUAGACGCAACUUCUGUCGCGGCCCCAAAACAAGGAGAAGCGGCGAAGCCGGCUGCAUCAUCCGGUGCAGUCGUGCCCGUAGUUGCGGCCAAAAGUGGAACGAGUGGUGCCACGUCGCCCUCCAUAGCAGGCGCAAGCUCGUACGCGGCGUCCAAGUCCCUGGCGAAAAGUUCUGGCGCCACGUCCCCAAGCAUCGCCGGAGCGACUUCGUAUGCCGCGUCCAAGGCGGCCACAACUGCAGCAAGCAGUGCGGCCUCUGCAGUAGUUUUAGGUAAACCUCCCGCUGCAGCAGCCGCGUCCCCUACCAUAGCAGGGGCUGGGUCUUACGCCGCGUCAAAAGCCGCGGCAGCGGCGAAAAACAACAACUCCAACGCCGCGGUAAAAGCGGAGUUUUUAGCAAAGAGGAUACAGGCCAUGGCAGCCAAGGCACCACCAGCGGACACGACGAAAAGUGACGAAAAACCCAUGGUCGAGACCAAGGGCAAAGGGAAAGCAAGCAAUUUUCCCGCUCCGGCUGCAGCCAGUGUUGUUGCGGCCAAGGCCUCGGUACAACAGCCACCGAAGCAAGACGCAGCUCCACAAGCGGCGAGUAGUGCGACAGCCACGUCGGUGGCCCAAGAGAUCAAAGCCGACGUUGUCAAAGCGGCCGGUGCAGUCGAGCAGGCGUUGGAGAGAACGUUCACGUACCCGGCGAUUGCAACCGCGAGAAAUGACGAAGUCGUCAGCAUGGAUAUCGUCCCGGAGUCCGCGGCGCAAAGAGAGCAGGCUAGUAGCUCGCACUACGGCGCGCCACUGGCUUUUGGGGCCUCGGAGGUGACGAGCGUUCUCGAAGAGUACAAAUCAUUCUUCGAGGUGCUAGAGCAAGAAGAUACAACGCUGGCUGAUGAAGAAGCAGCCGCCCCCAUAGCAGCUCCGUCCCUGCUAGAAACGAUUCCGUACGAGCUCCUUCCGUCGGCUUGUGCGAACUACUUGCGGUUGGGUGAUAUGACGGCUCUUGUGCAAGAGCGACUUGCAGCUCCUGUAGCGGCCAGCACCGUCGCGAGAAAAUAUGCGCAAACGCAGCAGCCGUGUCUCUUAGGAACACUUUCUUACGAGCUUCUCCCGUCUUCGUGUGCCAAUUACUUGAAGUUGGGGGAUAUGACGGCGUAUGUUCAGCAGCAAAGUGGAACACCAAAAGCUUCCGACAUGACAAUUAGAAACGAAAAGCAGCGGCCGUACUUACUAGACCGGCUCCCAUAUGACCUCCUGCCUUCGGCGAAGGCGAACUACUUGGUACUGGUUGAUAUGAGUUUAGCAGAGGCAGCGGCGAAGAUCCAGGCAAUGCAGAACAUCGAUGUGAAGGAAUCAUUAUCUUUGGCAAAUUUGCAGCAGAAGAUUCUCGUUUUGGCUCCGCUAGACGACCUGCCUUUCGACUUGUUGCCGUCGGUGCGGGCGAAUUUUGUCAGGCUUGGGCUUCAGCGACAUGACGAAGUAGCCUCCGCAGCGCAAGAACCGGAGCUGGCAUUGUGCGCCUUAGACGACCUGCCGUUUGAUUUACUGCCGUCCACGCGGGCGAAUUUUGUGCGGCUGGGACUGCAGAAGGAGAUUAUCGGGGGUGCACAUUCAUCGGGAAAAACUACGCCACGCACUGUGAUGGUGCGAAAGAAGUUUGUUCCUUGCCUGUUGGACAGGCUCCCGUUUGAUCUUCUGCCUUCGGUGCGAAGCAAUUUUCUGCAGCUUGGCUCUUCAGAGGCGCACACAAACACACCACGACACGAAGCGCACAAAAAACCACGUCACCACAUUCUCGCAAACCACCACCAUCAGCACCACAAACGAGAACACCACCAGCAUCACCCGGCCGCAUCGAAAUCUCCCUCCACGGCGGCACAACCAGCACUGUUAGACAGAGUCCCUUUUGACCUGCUGCCCUCGAUGCGGGCUAAUUUUGUCUUCUGCGGCAAGAUGGAGCCAGUUGAGAAGCCAGUAUCUGCAGUAAGUAGUCUACCCUUUUAUCUCCUACCGUCCGUGCGCGCAAACUUCUUGAACCUGGAUAAGCAACAAACAGCUCCGAAGUCAGUCAAGAUCGCCGAGCCUCUGUCCAUCGGAGAGAGCAAAAUUUCAUCUGCUUCACUGGGUUCCGCAGACAGCACGAAGCUCCGCGAAACCGCAUUCCCGCAACGGAAUUACAUCGACCCCAGCGACGGCGGAUUUUUCCAGGACGGGGAUGAGUCGCUCGUGGGCGUCCUACCCCGUGCGCCCCAGGUAACCCGCCACUUCGCCGAGAGCCGGUUGCACAUUUCCUACGCGGAUCGGGCGCAUGUGCGACUGCAGAAGGGAUUGGAUUUGCAGCAGGAGCACGAACAAGAUUUGAGGGAGCUUGCGGAGCUCAUGGGUUUACGGGUCGACGAACUGAGAGGUUCCCACCAGCUCAACUUCGGCGCCAGCAGUGCAGCUGGUCCCGAGUAUGACAACGUAAGCGAGCAGUUGCAUCAUGAAGAUCUUCACGACCGGCCUCUGUUCGAGGCCGACGUGGAGCACAUGCGUCGGUCGCAGCGGUUGUUGGUAAACGCACAGAAAGUGGCGGAAGACCAUGGCAUGACGGUGGAGGAGGUUUUGAAGGAACAGGAGGAGACCCCACAGGUCGAACAGGAGCAGCUGGAAGCAGGUGAGUUAUUUUUGAUGAUUGUUCUUACCACCGCACUUGGUAUUUUUACAACAGUAUGACUUUGGAUCUUUGACUGUUUGCAUAUUCAUCAGGCUGAAAACCAUUUUUAGAUUCCAAUCCUUUACAAUAAAUUCGUAAACCAGAUUUCCGCCGACGCUCGAAGACUCUGCCGCUUCGGCUGGACGCAGAGGACGAAGACCACGACGAGCAGUUGUCGGACGUUGCCAGUCGGUUUCCGCAGAUGAUGCUCCAGCUCGCCGUGCUCCACAACAUGGUUAGUACCGAGCUGGACCAACGCGGCAGUCCCUCCGCCGGGUCGAAGGGGAUGUUGAACUCCGUUGCCGGCUCAGCCGAACUUCCGGAAGGAGGCGAGGACAUCACCAAAGGUAGUUCUUCUGCGCAGUUUAGGAAAACUGUGAAUGUGAAGCUCUUGCGGCAGUCUUUAUCACGAAUCGAUGACGACGAAAUCGAUCGGGAACUGGCGGUGCGCAUGGCAAAGUUGAGACUCCAAAGCACGCUCGGGGAGGUUGUUGAACUAGGCGACGCAUCGGGCGGUGAGAAGCAAGUGGUAUCUGACAAAUCUCCAAGGGACCACGGCGCCGCGCAACAAGAAGACACCACUAACCAGCUGCAGCAGGACUUGGAAAAGAUGGAAGACGAGGUUUUGACCGCGAAAACACUGGUAGAGGAGCUUAUGAAGGACGCCGAUCAGUUGGUGGAGCACCAAGAUGACAUGUCGGAACUGAUCCACACCUCCGCGCAGCUCGGGGAGGAGUUAAAACUCCGUCUAGACCAAGACGACCCCGAGGACGCGCAGGACUUCCGGGCGCUGGCCGACCGCAGUAGGGCUUUGUGCAGGUCUGCGCUCAACCCAUGGCACCGAGCGUACCACUUGCUAAAGAUGAUCCGGGUCGUGCAGAGCGGCGCGCUAAAGGGGUCGACGACGUCCCCUACUGCAACGGGUGUUACUAGCACGACUCUUGGUUCGAACUUGACCACGGCGGACAGCAGUCCAGUGAGCCGCGGGACCGCGGACCUGGAGGACGAUCUGGGCAGCUACCAGCCGCUGCGGGGCGGGUCCGGGCCCGGGCGGUUCUCCUCGUCCUUCGAACCGGCGUUGCGCGCGCCGCUGCUGGAGGCAGAGGGGGAAAGCGCAGGAGCUCCGGUGGAUGAGGAGGUGACUGGGGUUGAAGAGAAAGAUAGUACUGAGGUUUUUGAAGUCGUUGAAACGCAGCCUGCGGAGGUGGAUAAAAACCCAACUGCAUCAGAUGCCGAUCAUGCAGUGAAGUUGUCCUCUACCUCCGCUGUCGCGAUAAAGCAAGAGGUGGAAGUUGUUGAUGAUACUACUCAGCAAGAACAGCAAGAAGACGUCGACUACACAGAGAAUCACAGGAGUAGGCCCCUGACAAUAGAUGAGGUUUACAAAGCGCCAAACAACGGCGCAGCCGAGCCGUUUUUUUACCAACCGACCGAGGGCCAGCCAACGGAAUCGGAUAGGCCGUUCUACACACACACGCCGCGGAGCGACGUCGAUGUGGGACAUCAUUUAGGAAACGACCAGCACAGUAGUGACCGGAAGAAGGCAACGCCCGAAGGGGAAGCGGUGGAAGAUGAAGGACGAGAAGCCCCUUUUGGCACCGCAGCGUCUCAGGUGGAAAACCCGGAGGAAGAUGAGGACGACGUCGACGCGCUUCUAAAAGCCGCGGAAGAAGUUAUGGAGGCAGUGGAUGAGGACAUUAGCGGAGUUGUCGCGGUCGUCCCCGUCGACCAGGCUGAGUUUGAUGCUACUCCAGACCACCCUGCAGCAAUUGACUCUUUCAUUUACCGCACGAAAGACGAUGAGGAUAUUACACCAGCAGUCGCGCCGGCGGAGGACGAGGAGAAAGCAAUAGCGGCUGCUGUCGCAGCACCCGCCAUCGCCCCUGAAGGCGAGAGCAUCGAUGCUCUCAUCGCGGCGGCAGAGGAAGAGACAGAGAUAGUUGACGCGGAAUUAGGCAUAGCACCUGAAAACGAGAGCCUCGACGAAAUCCUCGCGGCCGCAGAAGAAGCUGCGGAAGCGGUUGAUGCCGAUAUCGCAGAGGCGGAACCCGUUCCCGCGCAAGACGAAGAACCGGCAGUGAUCGACGCGUUCAUUUAUCGUGGCCCGAAUGAAGAUGUGGCUAAUGCAGAGGCCGUUCUUGCGCAAGACGAAGAAAACGACGAGGACCUUGACGCGAUAUUAGCAGCGGCGGAAGAAGUUACUGCGGCGGCCGAUGAAGACAUAGCUGAUGACACACCCGCUGCAACCGGGGCUUCCACGAUCCAGCAACCUCCGAUGUCUUUCUACCCGGAGUCUGAGUCCACGAUGGACUGCGAGCCUCGGGUACCGCCGGAAGUCGAUGCGUUUAUCUACCACCGGCUGCCACCGCCGGUCAUCGACGCGUUUAUCUACCGCGAUGACACGGGCGUCGACGACGAGAGCGACGUGGGCGUCGAGUUAGGGGAACAGGAGGCAGCAGCUGCAGAAAGCGAAGAUGACGACCUUGCGUCUAGUUCCUACCUGGAAGAAGUGGGGAUUGGAAGUGAGGUAGAGAUAGCAGCCGAUGAUGCGGUGGAAAUAAACAACUACUUUUCCGAAGGCGACGUGAGGACUGUAAGGGAGCAGGCAGGUAGUUUUCAUCAAGGCGUCGAGAGAAGAGCGAAGCGAAAUCAGGAUAGCAUACCGACUUAUCGCGUCCGCGGGCGAACUGCAGCCAGAACACAGCACGAGUUGAACCACGUUUCGCAGCGCGUUCGCAGUCUAAGUGCACCGCUUAUGUUUUACGACGAGGGCGAGGACGAGAAGAGCGACGCAGGGCUGAAAACCUCCUCCGAGGGAGAGGCCGAGCUGGAGCUUCCGCACAGCAAACCGCACGCACGGCACGGCGGGUGGGAGCACAGUCAGGCGGACAAACAGAGCCAGUCUACGUCGACUUUGCGCGCCCCCACGGAGAAGAGACCCACCUCAGAGUCCCGACGCAGCAGAAGCCGAGACGAUUUCAGCCCGCUGAGCAAAGCUUCCGUCAUCAGUGCCGACAUCGCCGAGUGCGUGCCGAAGACGCCGCUGCGCGGGUCCGACGCUUCGCGGUAUUCCGACUACCACCGCCCCUACGUGAUUGGCGUGUGCGGCGCCACGUGCAGUGGGAAAACCACGGUCUGCGACAUCAUCCGGGACUCGUUGAAGGGAGUUAGCCGCGUAGCGUUCAUGCCCAGUGACAGCUACUACAAGGACCUGAAUGAGGAGAAGAAACAAAAAGCCGCAAGAGGGGAAUACGAUUUUGACCACCCUGACGCGCUCAGUUGGGACGAACUCCACGCGGACCUCGUCACGCUCAAGCGCGGCGACCGCAGAGUCCGUUUGCCCUGCUACGACUUCCGCACGCACAGCCGCAUCCCUCUACCGCCUCUACAGGACAAUUUUGCGCAACUGCAGGAUCAAACCGAGCCGGUCCGGCCCAGCGGCACCGCGGGCGGCGCGGUGCUCGAGCCCGCGGACGUGAUCAUCGUUGAGGGUAUUUUGAUCUACGCCGCUUCCGCGGACAUUCGGGACGAAAUGGACAUGAAAAUCUUCAUUGACAGCGACAGCGACAUCCGGCUGGCCCGCCGGCUGGAGCGCGACAUCACGCAUAGAGGGAGGGAUUUUUCGGGUGUGAUGCAGCAAUAUCUCCGUUUCGUCCGCCCGAGCUACCGGAACUUCGUCGAGCCCUCGAAGCAGUUUGCGGACAUAAUUAUUCCCAACAAUGGUCAGGAGAUGGACGGAAUCCGAAAAAACUGCGCCGUCCGCAUGAUCGUGCAACACAUCAAGAUGCAGCUUGCCGCGCGGGACCGGUUUCGCCGGACGCAAACGGACCAGAAUUUAGCCGAACACCUACGACUGCGCAUAGCCGAGGCGCCACUGUCGAAGUCGUCCGAUGGGGCGGAAGAGAGAAGUCUCAGGACAACCACAACGUGAAGUUGUGGUGGACGGACUGUGUGUGUUUUAUUGGAAAUAUGAACGCAAACGCAAAAGAUGUGUAUAGUCAAGAAUUUGAGAACAUGAAU